CUGUUCUGCUCUGCUUUACCUACAGAAACUUCAGCUUACUGUAGGCUAAGUGAACGUGCAACACACAAAUGGAUAUCAAAAUGGAUCUCUCCCAAGAGCAUGCCAUCCUAAAUAUCAGUGCCCUUGGCCGACCUCUGGAUUUGGGCACCCUUUACAAUGCCCGCACUGACCAACUCAUACCAGGCAUCACCCUGUGGUCCACAGAGGACAUGGCCAAGCGGACGGUGGUGAGCCCCCAGCCCUACACCAAGUUUGAGUUCUCCUCCUCAGAGUCCCUGAGGGACAAGAUGAAGCUGCUGGACGUCAGCGCCUCCGUCAAGGCCAGCUUCUUCUGCGGCCUGGUGGAGGUGGGCGGCUCCGCCAAGUUCCUUAACCAGCAGACCUGCUCGGCGCAGCAGUGCAGCGUGACCCUGAAGUACCACGUGACCACCGUCUUCAAGGAGCUGAUGAUGUCAGAGCUGUCGGCGCCCACCCUGGAGGCAGUGAAGAAGACGGACGCCACACAUGUGGUGAGUCAGGUGACGUACGGGGCGCACGCCCUCAUGGAGUUCGAGAACAGCGUCCGCGAGGAAGUCAGCAAGAGGGACGUGCAGUUGAAGCUGAGUCAGAUGGUCCACCAGGUGCCCAUCAUCAAGGUCAACUCGGACGGCAGCCUGAAGAUGACUGAGGAGGACAAGGACAAGGUCAAGGACUUCAGGUGCCACUUCUUUGGGGACUUCCGGCCCACCACUCUGCCGCUGACCUUUGAGGAGGCGGUGGCGGUGUGCAAAGAGCUGCCGAACCUGCUGGGCGAGCACGGCGAGAAGGCCGUGCCCAUCACCGUCUGGCUGUACCCUCUCAGCAAGCUGACAGGUGGCGAGUCCAAGCUGAAGAGGAUGAUCUCGGACAUGCUGGUGGAACGGCUGCAGCUGGCCUUGGACGACCUCCACCAGGCCGAGAUUCGAGCCCACGACCUGCUGGAGAAGAGCAAGGCCAUCAAGGCUGACGACAUCGUCUACAAGCUGGAGAGCUUCCAGACCAGUCUGAAGGGUUUCAUCCCCGAGUUCCUUCGCAAGAUGGCAGUCCUGAUCCCGGCCAUCAGGGGCGGAGACCUGGAGGACAGAGCCUUGACAGACCUCCUGCGCUCUCAACACGCAUCUGGCUUCGGCAGGGCCGAGAUGGACCGCUGGCUGGACGGCAAGGAGACGGAGAUCUACGUGGUGACGUCACACAUCAGGAAGCUGCGGAGUGACAUCAAGCCUCAGGGCUCCGAGCUGGACUGCUUCCUCAUGGACCCGGACGUCAGCGAGGCCUACGUGUUCUGCUUCACCUCCCUCAGGUACCCGGAACAGUACCUACAGAAGAUCUCACAGGCCUCCAAGAACCUCCAUACCAGCAGUAAACACCACCAGGAACCUUCUCCACAGGAGAGGAAGGUGUCGUCACAUGCUGCCAGGAACAACCUAAAUGAGCAACAGCCAGGCCAGCAGAGCUUCCAGAAUGGCGGCAGCAGCACCACCAGCAGGAGCAGGAGCAGGAGCAGGAGCAUCUCUGCUGAACAGACCAGAGGCUUACUCGUCAAUACACAAGUAGAAGAAGAAGAAGAAGAAGAAGAGGAGGUUGCUUGGUAUCGGAGGCCGGAGGUGAAGAGAGCUCUGCGCUCCUCGAUCGAGGUCUUCAAUGGCUCCGCGUUGGAGAAGAAGGUCAUCAGCUUCAUCCCUGACCCUGAGCACCCGGGAGCUGCGGUCCGCUGGUACCGCGACGCUGCCCUGGAGGACCCAAACAUCACAGAGGCACGGGAGGAAACAAGGAGGCAAGAUGAUUCUGUCAUCAGAUUGCUCACUCUGCUGUGACACUGGAGUCUAGCGAUGCAGAACACACACACAGACACACACACACACACACACACACA